AUGCAGAUAUGGCGAAGGGCCUUUGCGACGUCUGCUGUCAGACUUAACCACAGAUCUUCGGGAAACGCGGGGCCGUCGCUGCUACGAUGCGCGCAGGUGCUCCAGAAGGGCCGCAACGGGUCCUCCAGCCUUGAGGACCAGGAGAUCCAAUUGAACGGUUUUGUCCGUUCGGUUCGCAAGCAGAAACGCUUCGCCUUCGCACAAAUAACCGAUGGGUCAACCGCCGAGCCGGUGCAGGCCUUCUUGAAACCAGCGCAGGCGGCAGACUUGACUACAGGGACCGCUGUCGAGAUAUCAGGGGUUUGGAAAGCCUGUCCACCUGGCAAGGAGCAGAGCCAUGAGCUGCAAACCACGGCUGUGAAUGUCGUCGGUGAGGCAGACCCCGAGACAUAUCCGAUUCAGAAGAAGUACCAUACCCCCGAAUUCCUACGCCAGGUCCCUCACCUCCGUCUCCGAACCCCGUUCAACUCCCUCCUGUCGCGUUUCCGCUCCGAAUGCCUCUACCACCUCGGGAAUACCUUUCGCGAGGCGCCCAAUGGCGGGUUCGUCCAGGUGCACCCACCGCUGAUAACAUCGUCGGACUGCGAAGGCGCCGGGGAGACAUUUACGGUGAUACCGCGGGGAGAGGCGGCGACGACACAACCGGACGGCGAGCAUUUCUUUCGGGCGCCGAAAUACCUGACAGUGUCGUCACAGCUGCACCUGGAGGCGUACGCGGCGGAACUCGGAAACGUCUGGACCAUGUCACCCAUGUUCCGGGCGGAGAAGAGCGAUACGCCGCGCCACCUCAGCGAAUUCUACAUGUUGGAAGCGGAGAUGAACUUCAUGCCGGAUCUGGACUCGCUGACCAACUCCGUGGAGCAUAUCCUGCGUGAUGUGACGCGACGGUUAUACGAUAGCCCCGUGGGCCAGGAGAUCCUUUCGGCGAAGCGAUCGGGCGAGUCAGGCCAGGAGCAGGCACAGGCAGACGGAACCACCACCAGCAGCCCGGACCUACGACAGCGAUGGCAGGAUCUUAUGGACGGGCCGAAAUGGGCCCGCAUGACCUAUACGCAGGCGAUCGAGCAGCUCCAAGACGCCGUCGCCAAGGGCACCGCGUCGUUUGAGUACGCGCCCAUCUGGACCGACGGACUGCAGCUCGAGCACGAGAAGUACAUCGUCGACGAGAUCUGCGGCGGCCGUCCCGUCUUCGUCACCAACUACCCCAAAUCCGUGAAGCCUUUCUACAUGGCACCGUCCGACACCACCAACACCAGCACCAGCACCCCCCACGAAACCGUCGCCUGCUUCGACCUCCUCCUCCCAGAGGUCAGCGAAGUAGCCGGAGGUUCUCUCCGCGAACACCGCCUCCCCAACCUCAUCCAGAACAUGCGCGACCACGGCCUCAUCAAGUCCGAGCAGUCGCCGGCGGAAACGGCCGGCACCGACCCAGCGGCGACCGACAAGCCACUCUACCCUUAUCUGCAGCCCGGUGAGGACCUCGCCCACCUGGAAUGGUAUGCCGACUUGCGACGGUGGGGCACGGCGCCGCACGGGGGCUUCGGAAUGGGGUUUGAUCGUUUCUUGAGCUAUUUGGCAGGUGUGUCCAGUAUUCGGGAUGUGGUGGCGUUUCCACGAUACUUUGGCCGCGCGGAUUGUUAG